AUGGAAAUUGUGCAAGUGUAUGUUGAUGAAGAUGAGGAAGAAGAGUUCUACGCAUGCAAGUGGUCCAUAAAUGAGAGCAUUGGUUCUCCAUUGCUGCUUUUGGCUGGAAAGAAAGGUGUUCUGAGGAUACUCGACUGCAAAGAAGAGAAGCUGGUAGAGACGAUGACGGCCCAUGGUCACUGCAUUAAUGACAUCGCUGUCUUCCCCUCACGGCCACAUCUGGCGUUAACAGCAAGCAAGGACGAAUCGCUCCGUCUUUGGAACAUCGCCACCAAGACCUGUGUCCUUAUUGUGGCGGGUGAAGGAGGCCAUACAGCUGAAGUCUUGGCAGCAGACUGUCAUUUGAAUGGGGAGCAGUUUCUAUCGUGUGGAAUGGACAAUUGUGUGAAGAUAUGGUCUUUAAAAGCAUAUGAAGAUGCCAUCCAAAAGUCAACGUCUUGGAGCCGGAAGAACCAGAAUUUCCCCACCAAAUACAGCUACUACCCCAUGUUCUCAUCCACCUGGAUCCAUGGUAACUAUGUGGACUGUGUGAGAUGGUAUGGGGACUUGAUCCUGUCCAAGAGUGUGGACAACCGUAUAGUGCUCUGGAAACCGGAAGAGUUGCCAGAGAAUGGAUGGGAAACAUCCUGCAAGUUCGUAAUUCUCAUGGAGUUCCACCUGCAGGCAGCAGACAUAUGGUUCAUCCGGUUUUCGUUGGAUUUCAAAUACAAGGUGCUUGCAUGCGGAAACCGUGCAGGGAAAAUCUACACUUGGGACAUGGAGGCAGCGCCCGAGCAACUACAAUUGAAGCUUGUCCACAAAGAUUGCAAAAGUGUGGUGCGCCAGACCGCAGUAUCAUUCGAUGGUUCUGUCAUUGUGGCAUCCUGUGAAGAUGGCACAAUAUGGAGGUGGGAUAAAGAACCAAGCAAAAUGCGAGGGUAG